CGCCGGGGGCAGCAAAACCACGAUCUCAUUUCAGAGUACUGCAUCUAGUCUGGAUCCCUCGGGCCUCGGGCAUCGUGGCUGCCAGUGUGACCUUGGGCAAGUCUCGCCCGCUUGGGCCUCAAGUUUCCUUGUGUGAACUAGGGUGGGGUGAGCAGUGUGGUUCUCAUCCUAAGCCUUUGGGACUUUCUGGGCGGAGUAGCCACAGGUCCCUGCUCUCUACAGGUUUUGGUCAUGAACGCCCCUGGUGGAAGGAGGCAGGAAGGUAGAAGGACUCACAGACCCCGGGAACAGGACCGAGAUGUACAGCUGUCUAAGGCUCUGUCCUAUGCCCUACGCCACGGGGCCUUGAAGCUGGGACUUCCCAUUCGAGCUGAUGGCUUUGUGCCCCUGGAAGCCAUCCUGCGGCUGCCGCAGUUCUGCAGCUUCUCAGUUGAGGAUGUGCAGCGCGUGGUGGAUACCAAUGGAAAGCAGAGGUUUACCCUGCAGCCAGGCGAGCCCAGCACUGGGCCCCUCAUCAGAGCCAAUCAGGGCCACUCCUUACAUGUACCUGAGUUGGAGCUGAUGCCCCUAGAGACACCACAAGCCCUGCCCUUGAUCCUAGUCCAUGGUACAUUCUGGAAGCAUUGGCCAUCUAUUCUACUGAAGGGCUUGUCAUGCCAAGGAAGGACACACAUCCACUUGGCCUCAGGAUUGCCUGGGGACCCUGGUGUCAUCAGUGGCAUACGUCCAAAUUGUGAAGUGGCAGUGUUCAUUGAUGGACCCCUAGCCCUGGCAGAUGGAAUCCCCUUCUUCCGCUCAUCCAACGAGGUGAUCCUGACCCCAGGGAAUGCUGAAGGCUUCCUGCUUCCCAAGUACUUCAAGGAGGCCCUGCAGCUACGACCCACUCGAAAGCCUCUUUCCUUGGCUGGCGAUAAAGAGGCAGAGUAUCGAAGUGGCUCCAAGCACAGCUCCAGAGGAGGAAGGAGAAAGAUCUGA